AUGGACCACAUCUUCCUCAUCCAGCCCUCCAUCGCGGGACACGUUGGCUGUUUCCACGUCUUGGCCCCCGUGAAUGAUGCGGCAAUGCACUCAGGGGCUUCCCCCAGACUCACUGUGAACGUGGCCCGCACCCCAAUCAUCUCCCAUCUCCGUCUCGCCUUUGUCCCCGCAGACACCGAACGGCUGUACUCGGUGGUGUUUGGAGAAAUCUGUGGUCGCUACGGGAAGAAGUACAGCUGGGACGUCAAGUCCCUGGUGAUGGGCAAAAAGGCGCUGGAGGCCGCACAGAUCAUCAUAGAUGUGCUGCAGCUGCCCACGACCAAGGAGGAGCUGGUGGACGAGAGCCAGGCCAAGCUGAAGGAGCUGUUCCCCACCGCGGCCCUCAUGCCAGGAUGUCAUGUCCCACUGCCAUUCCAAGAGCAAGGAGGCCUCAUCCCGCCAGGCGGUGGUUGGGUGGAAUGCUACCAAGUCUCCAGUAUGGAACCGACCUGUGUCCCCGCCCAUGCAAAAGUUUUAAACCCAGCGCCCCGCCCGGCCUCUGAUUGGGAUCGUGGGCGUCUGUCCCCUAAGGGGUCGGCCGUGUGGGACCAGCGUGCUCUCCCUCCUCCGUCCCUGAGCCACAGCCUCUCCCUCUCUGUCCCCGCCUGCCCGCCUCCCAGCGACGGAGACAAGGAAGGAGGCCUGGCCUGCACGUCUGUCCGCCGGGCACACCCGUCUCAACCCUCUCUCUCCCACCUGCAGUGCCUGGUCUUCGAAGACGCCCCCAACGGGGUGGAGGCGGCCCUGGCGGCCGGGAUGCAGGUGGUGAUGGUCCCGGACGGAAACCUGCGCCGAGAGCUGACCACGAAGGCCACGCUGGUGCUGGCCUCCCUGCAGGACUUCCAGCCCCAGCUCUUCUGGCUACACCACGACACCCAGGCCUCCCUCUGGGCCCUGCAGACACCACGACACCCAGGCCUCCCUCUGAUUCCCAUGCAGCUCCGAGCAGAGCUCUGUGCCGUGUUCCGGAGGGAAGUGGAUCGCGUGGACACAGAGAGCCAGGGAGCAUGUGUGUCCAGAGGCGGGAGAUAG